CUUUCUUUCUUCCUUUCUUUCUUGCCUUCAACGCACAUGGUGUUUAUUUACAUUUACUUCAUCUCUAUCAAAGAUCUCCUCUACCUAGCUACUCCAUAUCCAUAGAUACAAUAUACCCAGAUGUUUGUGACUCCCAAAGUGUCGUCAGGAAGACCCUCGCUGGGUGGGCAGUCAUUCCUCAAUGCCAGCAUCACAGGGAGGAGAAGCACACAGACCACUCCAAAGUCAACACCCACUUUCAAGAGGAAUGUGGGGCAGGUGCUGGAGGAGACGGAGGAUCAUGUAGUGACAGCACUCAAUACCCCAGUACCAGUGCAAGUACAAGAAGCACUCAAAACCAGCCGAGGAGAUAUUGAUGUGUGUCUGGGGGAGUGUGGUUGGGCCUGGCUAGUAGUCGAGAGGAAGUUGCUGCUAUGGAGAUACUCUAGUCAACAAAUUACAACACAAUGUAUUUCCAUGAAUCUACCUCCCACUCGGCCGGGAAGUGGGUGGAGCUCUAAAUUGAUUGCAGUAUCAGCACAAGCUAGUGAGCUGGCUGCCCCCCUCCUGGCAGUCUCCCCUGAGGGCAAGGCCUACUAUUGGAGCAAUGUGCUCAGAGACACCUCUGUGCUGUGUGAGGAGGUGUUGUCACUAGGGAACGCCCACUCAUUCUCCCUGACCCCCCUCCCACACGCCCACACAUACCUCCUCGCCUCAACAUCCGCCUCACUCUUCCUCUUACAACCAUCAGAUACACAACUGUUAGCGCGUGAGGUACCGCUGCCUGAAGGGAUGCUGUCCGGGAUUGGUCGACGUAUGAGCACUUUGUUCUUUGGAGGAGGAGUUACAAUACCUCAAGAGAUAAGGGGUGUGGUCUGCGGGGAAGGGGGCAUGGUCUUUGUCCUCACUGACACACAUCUGCAACGCUGGCAGUACCGCAGCAGCAAACUGGAGCUGGUGUAUAAUGUUGAGUUGAAGCCAGUCAUCUCGGACAGUGUGUGUCUGAACCAGUGGGUGGAGUUUGACCAUGCAUCCAAUCAAAUUGCAGUAUGGCUAGUGGACGUACAGCUAGCUGGUGACAACGUGAUUGUCCUGUUUGCCAUGGUAAUCGGUGACUCCACCAGUGCAGAGUAUGGGCUAACACUCUUCCCCCUCCACUCUCGUGAGGAGCCUAGCCCUGACGUGGACAACUUGGUCAGACUCAACUACACAACCUCCUACACAGCUGGCACUGCUGACUCAGCACUACUUCGAUACACCCUCCUGGGGUCCCCACACAUCCUGGCCAUGUACGACAGACACACAGUACUGCUAGUCAAGCUGUCCAAGGGACUACCUGAUAUGAUCUCCUUCCCCACACCUAACUCUGUCCUCGGAGCUGGCCACACCCCCUCACACAGCGUACUCUUCACUCUACAUCAGGGGGUGGUCUGCGUAGCUCCUAACAUUGGCACUACUGGCAGCAUUGUACCACAGCAGCGACAGUUGACCACACCUCUACGACAGUCAUUUUUAGCCACACCCACUCCCCUCUCUCGUACGGCUUCUACACUAAUGGCCCCUGAAGUGUCCGAGGAAGCCACAGAAAUACUCAAGACUGCCUUUGCUGAAUAUUUGGAAGGAAAUCUGGCAAGAGUGGAGGAAUUGUGUGAUGAGCAUUUUCCCCCGGCUCUAUUUUCAUCGGCUCUGGAUACUCCGGGAGAUGUGGGUGUGAUUGGACUCUCUGCCCUCAUCAUGGACGACAAGCCGGUGAACUCUGACCCUGGAUGGAGUGAGGGGGCGGAUGCUCCCGGGGGAAAGUCCCUGAUACUGAUCUACAGGCUAGAGCAGAAGCUGUUAGCCCACAACAGGUAUAUGGGGUUCCUGGCAGACAGUGGGUUGUUGGAUCGUCUCACAGCCGUCACUGUGAGGGGGCGUGGUCUGGACACUAGGCUGCUCCUGUGUGAGCAUGCAGAGAAGAUACAGGCAGCCAUGGCUGUGAGGAAAACACACAACCAGAUCACUGAUGAGUUGGUUCGUGUGGCAGUGCGUGGGCGUAGCCCCUCCCCCUUGUCUAAGACGGAGCAGUUCUACACGCAGCUCUCCUUGUCUGACUCACUCCUCACUGCCCUGCCCUCCCUCCAUAAGGACCUGCUCGCUAGGUUCACAUCUCCUCAAGAACGAGUUGACUUAUUGCUAACGACGUCCUCUCUUCUACUGACUGUACUAAGAGAUGCAAUCCUCUAUCGCCAUAACAACAUUCAUAUGUACCAGGUUCUGGACACUCCCCGAGACCACACCCACACCACGCCCCCACACGAGGCUGUAUACUGGACGUCUAGUGACCAGAUGAGGGCUGUUUUGAACGAGCAAGUGGAACUACUAAUGAGUGUGGGCGGGAUGGAAGCAAGCGAACAGGACAAGCCUCGAGUGUGGUCCCUUGUUGGUGGGCUGGCUGAUAUUCUCUUUGAUGGGUAUAAAGUUCACAUUGACACUUUGCCACUAGACAGUACACGGCAAACUGAGGUUCAAAGGUCAUUCGAAGCAGACAGAACAAGGAUCCUUAUGUCACUGGUGGAGGUGGGGCAGCACGGACAUGCCACAGAGUUGGCUGAGAGAUAUGGUGACUUCCGUGUGCUAGUACAGCUGUGUGAUGGUGCGGGGGACAUGGAGAAGAUCAGGGACUACAUGCACACCUACAAGGCACAGGGCUUUUCUGAGUUUCUGUUCAAAUGGUAUCUGGACGAGGGCAAGCUUCAAGAGCUGCUCUCAUUCUCAGAGUCUCUCCCUGUUGAGUUGUCCUCUUUCCUGACACCGCACCCACACCUACGCUGGCUCCACUCACUCUCAGUCAAGGACUACGAUCAGGCACAUGGUGACCUCAAAACACUAGCAGACAGAGAGGCUGAGUGUGUGGCCAAGAAGAAGACUCUGCUUAGUCUGAGCAAGCUCUCACUGUUAGCGGCUAAAGGAGGGAGGGCAGACACCUCUGAGCUAGACUCCGCCCUCUAUCGUAUUGAGUACCAACAACACCUCCCUCAAGACACUCUAGAGGUAGCUGGUUUGGACGCUGAGCUGAUGCCCCCAUUGUCCACUCAGCAGAUUAUCGAGCUGUACGUGGGAGAUGACCACUGUGUGGACGAGGGAAGAUUCAUUGCUGCCUUAGAGCUAAUCCACCAAACCUACCCUGAGGAGAGCCCUGAGGGAACUGAGCUGAGGUGCUAUAUCUGGAGUCAGGCCAUCUUAAGAGAUGACUGGAGUCAGCUCGAUACUGAUGACCCUCUUAAAGAGCUACAAAAAACAUUUUUCUCCAGUUUAAUUGUUGAGGGAUACAACCGAGGUCUGGAUGUGCUGAGUCUGCUACCAGAGUUGCCACGCCUCCUAUCGUACGAGGCCCUCACUGAAAGGGGUGUGGCUAAUGACCCUGUGUUCCAGUUUAUGUUGCGGGCUGGUUACGAGCAACUACAACGAGUGCAGGCUAACAGGAGGGCGGGGCUGGAUACUGACACAGGGCAGACCAUGGACAGUGACUGACAAUAUUAUAAUUAUAGUCUCUGUGUCAAGUAACAUGCAGUACUUCAUUGAUUUCUUGUUUCUAAUAUAAAAGCAGCAUUGGGUGAACAAAA